AUUUCUAAAAUUUUGCAUUACUUUUUGCUAUUAAUUUUUGAAAGCGUAAAUAAUUGCGGUAUAUCAUACUGACGAAAUGAAAAAAAAAAUGAAAGAAGAGGCAAAAUCAGUUCCGUUAUAUGCAGCGGAAAGUUUCGCCUUUAUUGUUUCUCCUAACUUUGUGACUUACUAUAUUACAUAUUUGCAAUCAAUUAAUUAGUAGGUACUGUUACUUAUCAAAAAAUCAUUCUUCACUGUUAAAAAUAAUGCACCUAUUCAAUUAAAAGAUAUUACUUUACCUAAAAAUGUUAAUCAAUAUUUCACAUACGUACAGCAGUUUCUAAUAAUAUUUAACAUACUGUUUAGAUGCAUCUAUUCAAAGUAUGGAAUAGGACACGUACUCGAAAAGUUUUGGUUUGUGUUCCAGAGGAAAACGUUUAUGUUGAACUGGUGUUAAAAGCUUCCCAAAAACUUGAAAUAGAUGGAGUGAAGCUAGUAUUGGAGAGUGACGGAACCAUAGUGGACGAAGAUGACAUCCUUAUGUUGGUAAAAGAACAAAUUCUAAUUCUAUUGCAAACGGGUGAAGAGUGGACCGAUACGGAUUGCAUUUCUGGAGCUACAUCACUAGCCAGUACUGUGUCUCUGGCCAGUACGGUUUCUCUGAUAGAUUCCGUUACUGCAGGUGCAGAUGGCAAUUAUGACGAAAAAGAAAACAUCAACAUUGUAAAUGCACGUAUACUUCAUGUAGACAACAAUAUGGAAUAUAUGUGGACUAGCUUCGAAAUUCCAUGGAAUAAGUUAUCUGUUAAUGUAAUUAAUGUAUGCGAGAAGGGAGUGCGUGAUAAACGAAUAAUAACAGAGAUUGUGCAUAUGGUUGCAAACGAAAUGAUGGCUAUAAAGUCUCUACCAUCAAGCAAAUCCAUUAGAAUUGUGGCCAAUAAAAUAAUAACAAAAUACCCAAAUGUAUUUAAAGAUGUCGAUGACGAUGGGGUAACAUUAGGAGAUGGAUGUAGCAGCAUUUUUACAAAACUCCAUGAAAGAAUCCAUUACUUAAAUAGGCCACACAAGCGAUUGUCUUCUAACCAAAUAUCUUCAAAAUCUAAGAAAAUUAAAAAUUCCACUGCGGGUUGUUCCAACUGGAACCCUCCAGAUGUAAUAAAUGACGAUCAACACGAUGAGGACUAUAAAUCUAAAUUGUUAGAAUUAGGAAAAAAACAGCAAUAUAAUGACGAAUUUUAUGAAUUAAUGAACAGAACUUAUACAGACCAAAGAAACUUUAUCAACAGUGAAGAUCCUCCCACCGUGCAUAAAAUAAAAGAAGAAUGGCCUAUUUUGUUCCAAAUUCCAGCAAUUUAUUGGCAUUUUCAUAAUUUAACCAAGGCAAACCUAAAGACGUUAUCUGAUGUUAUGGCAGAAAAGUUUGAAAAUAUUUCAAAAUAUGCUUCUCAAAGAAAUUUCAAAAUUCCCAAAAAUAACAACAAAGUAUUAGAUACGUUGGAAAUUUUGUGCAACUUAUAUAAGGAAGAUCUUGAAAAAAUUUACCUAAAAGUUGAGAAAGACCCAGAUCUGGAUCAUGAUAUAUCAUUUCUUUCGCCGUGUAUUGUGGAUGUAGAUUCGGGAGUUCAAAGAAAGCUGUUCAUUGUUUUGGAAAAGGAGCAGGCAAUUGAAGUUGAAUCGAUUGAGGAGGCAGUGCAAAGUCUAGUUGGGCUGUAUUUUCUACUAAAUUUACAGUAUCCAAAGGAAAUUUCCUGCGUCAUGGAAACGAUUCAACGAUACUUUUUAAAAAUCCACCCUGACGAUGGUACUAAAUCAAAAAAAAGUAACUCGUCUAAGCGCAAAGUUUUUGCGCUUCUAAAUAAAUUAAGAGACAUUUAGAAUGACAUAUCUUUAUUUAAUAAUAUAUAUAAUCUUCACUAUUUACUGAAAUAGUAUUAUUUUUUCGAACUGUGUACUGAAUAGUAGUUUUGUUUAUUGGAUUUUUUGUAUUUUUGAAUUAUGCGUUACGUUGCAACAUAUAAUACAAGUUUCUAUUAUGUUAGAUAGUGGUUUUACUUUUACUUACCCCGUAGAAAUUUACA